GAAGAAGCUCAGCAAAGCUGACACUGACCUUUGCUGCUUGGAGCAUUCAGUUCCGACCGUUGACUGGGAAGCCGGGGACCCUGGACUCGAGUUUGACCACUGGCUUGUGUAUCCGAGGGCUCUGAAAAUGAGAAUGCCUGACUAUUGAAGAACGGUUACUUUUGCUUGGUUCUGUUGUAGUCGUCUCAUUUUCCGUUACUUGCGUGACCGAAUGUAGUGCUCACGCUAGUAGCACAUCUAGCAUCUAUGCAAGAAGCAGCCUGGUACUGCCCAAGAAAUAAUUUUAAAUUGUAAUAUUAAAAAUACUGCAGAAGAGCUGUGCCUUGUUGGUUUUCUCUUUUAAUCGAAUUUUAGAGAAGACUGCCAGACUUGUAAGAAGAUGUAAACGUUUCGGCGUCUCCUCAAAGUGAAAGACCUUAAGGUUGGCUGGCAGAUCCAGACCGCGGGAAAGACCUAACCCCCAUUAAUAUUCUUCCUCUUAAGCAUGCGUACGCUUCCUCGCACAGUUUUUUCUCGAUUGUCAGGGCUAUUUUUUACGGUCGAGUGACCAGAAACAAUCAGAACCUCACACAGAGACAUACGCAAUGGUUCCAGAUUUGAAGUAGUUUUUGUACUGCAAGCCUUAGUAACCCCGCUGUAGGACGGUACAAAGUUCCCGAGACGGACUCCCAUGUGAAACGGUCCGGGACGGUCGUCGGAAAAUGUGAAUUAGCCCUCAAAAGAAGACCAAUCUUUCUUGGCCUAUAGAUCAAGAUAACAUCUUCGGUCUCGGCCACCAUUUUUGUGUGGCGGUGAUUUCUUUGAGCGUAACCCUAAACGAAACCUUGACGGCUAAAAAUAUUGGCUUUCCUUCCUAGAUACCCUGUAGGCGAGAGGACGCGACGAGCAUCCCCGCUUCUCUCCACUGCGUGAACAUUUUGUGGUGUCAUUCCGCCCCCGCCCACCUACCCACCCACCCUACCGCUAAACCACAGUUGCAUGGCCAUGGCAACAAGUGAUGCAUUAUGGGUAGUCAAUGCGUCAGUUGUGUUCGUUUAAUAAGAGAACACAAGAUGACAUUUACUUUUCUGUCCGAGGUGCAAUAUAUAUAACUUAUUACCGAACAGUAAGGAACCGUGACUUAUAUUCAUUAUCCAGUGAAUGGAAAAGCAGGAGGAGAAACAAAAUAUUGACAGUGUGGACGGGAAAAUAACCACAUUUGCGCCGCCUGCUGUCUUGGCCGCCAUAUUGGACAGAGAAUCGUUGAACGAAGAUGCAAUUCACGACACUAUGGUCGAUACAAACGAACGGGAACCAGAUUCAGAGACGGUACAGGAUAGUUUGGAGUUUUCCUUAAAUGAUUCUCUCGAGUCAGCGAAGUUACAAGAAUUUGGAGUUCUUGAUCGAGUUAAUACAACCGAUGAGCCAAGCAAUCCUUCGGAGUUAACAGAACAAGUUUUGGAUUUUCCAAAGACUUCAACACCAGCGCAAAAGACUAAUGAAUCAAAUACUAGAAAACUCGAGAAAGCUCUAAAGCCUCGGCGUCCUCAGCACAUAAUCGAAAGGAAUAAAGAAAAUGUUGGGAAGCGAUUGCCUGCGAAAACUAGCUAUGCUCGAAUGCAUGCAACCAAGACAAAAAAUAAACUCGACAAUAAACUAGACGAGAAAAGUAGAAGUAGAGAGGAAGGAGGAAAGUCUCCAGGCUUUGCAUCUGGUUCAGAUUCAAGCCUGGGGAAUCAAUCAGAACUUUUAGAAGACAUCAACAGUGAUUUAGAUCAAAGUGUUAAUUCCAGUGGAAAUGGCAGUCAAAUUCAAAAUGAUCCGGGAUNUCAUAAUAGAAAUGCUUUAAACUAUGCCAAGAAUGUUCCUAAACCGAAGCAAAUGGCAAGUAGGAGAAGAGGCAGCCCAGGAUCUGGACGAUACAGGGACUCACGAGCUGAUGACAACCAGGAGGAGAUCACAGUAUUGGAGAUCUUAAGACUGAGACAUGAAAAGGAGAAGAAGGAAGUUGAUACCAUUAGAAAAGAUCUGGCAUCAAAAAUACGACUCUGA